CCUGCCUUCAGUCUGGACCUGCCUGGGGACCCUGGCAUUCAGCCUCACCAUGCAGAGGUCCCAGGAAGCCCCAGCCAAUUGCUCUCAGCUCCUCAACUAUCUGCCUACCUCCAGUGGCUUAUGGGGCACUGUCCUGCCCAGUUCUGCUAAGAUGCUCCUGGCCUCUCCCUCCACCCCAUCCAGGGGACGGACCCCCAGCGCUGUGGAGAGGCUGGAGGCCGACAAAGCCAAGUAUGUCAAGACGCACCAGGUGAUAGCGCGACGCCAGGAGCCAGCUCUGCGUGGGGGUCCCGGGCCGCUCACCCCGCACCCCUGCAACGAGCUGGGGCCCCCUCCAUCGCCCAGGACGCCCAGACCCGCCCGCCGGGGCAGUGGCAGGCGGCUGCCAAGGCCUGAUUCCCUCAUCUUCUACCGCCAGAAGCGGGACUGCAAGGCUUCAGUGAACAAAGAGAACGCCAAGGGCCAGGGGCUGGUGCGUCGCCUCUUCCUGGGCGCCCCCCGAGACGUCGCUUCAAGCAGCCCAGGCUCAACGGAGCGACCCGCGGCUCCUGGGGGUUGGGCCGCGCCCCAAGAUGCCCCAGAAGCAGCGGGAAAGCGGGCAUUGUGCCCCACGUGCUCGCUGCCCCUGUCGGAGAAGGAGCGCUUCUUCAACUACUGCGGUCUGGAGCGCGCGCUGGUGGAGGUGCUGGGCGCCGAGCGCUUCUCUCCGCAGAGCUGGGGCGCCGACGCCAGCCCCCAGCCCGGAACGUCGCCGCCGCCCGGCUCUGGGGACGCCAGCGACUGGACGUCCAGCGACGGCGGCGCAGAACGCCGGGACCAUGCGGAGGGCGGUGGCUCGGAAGCGGGGGGCUCGGCGCGGGACGGGCGCCCCCAGGUGUCGGUGGUGGAGCGCAACGCGCGCGUCAUCCAGUGGCUGUACGGCUGCCAGCGCGCCCGCGGCCCGCCGCGCGAGUCCGAGGUGUGACCGCCGCCGCUCGUGAGCAGGCUCUGGUGGAGUCCGGAGUCCGGGGAAGGGCAAGGGGUGAGCGCGGGGCUGGACCCAG